GUCUUUCCGGGUAGCGAAAGGCUAGGUGGCGACGGAGGCUUCUCGGAGAAGUUUCAUACUGACGAUAUGACAGCAAAUAUUGCGAGAAACACCUCAAAUAUACACAUUUUCCUAAGCCCACGAAACUGGAGUUGAGUUUGGAGCGAUGGAGUGUUAGCUGAAGUGAAGAUUGAAGACGUGAUAGAAGAUGGACGACUACUGCUAUGCUAAGAUGGCGACGUGCGGUAAAAGAGAACAUGAAAGAGAAUCAGUAAAGGAGAAAAAGACGAAAACCAAAGAUGAAGACGUCCAGCAGCUGAUUGGUCAUCCGGAAGAACUUCCCCCUCAAUCGCCCGCAGGGAGCUCUACUUUGAAGCAGGAAAUUCCACAGCCACCCCGCAUUAAAAAGGAAGAGGAGGAACUCUUGAUCACUCAGGAGGGAGAGUGUCUUCUAGAAUCGCAGGAGGCUGAUCUCACCAAGUUGCCACUGACUGUUGUCUCUGUGAAGACUGAAGAUGAUGAAGAGAAACCACAAGUAGACAACCUCUUAGCUCCACUAUCAGAUAGUGAGGCUGAAGACGAGGUUGAAGUAACUUUGAGCAGCGAUACAGACUGUGAAGGUGAUAUGAGGACUCACACUGACAACAAACACUCUGAAUGCUCUGAAGAGAAAAGCGGUAAAACAUGUUUGAGCUGCUCAGUUUGUGCUAAAAGCUUUACUAAGAAGAGCCAACUGACUAAACACAUGAGAACCCACACAGGAGAAAAACCCUUUAAUUGUUCAGUUUGUGGUAGAAACUUUACUCAAAAUGGCAGUUUGACUCAACACAUGAGAACACACACAGGAGAAAAGCCGUUUCAUUGUUCAGUUUGUAGGAAAAGCUUUUCUCACAAGAGCAAUUUAAUGGAACACAUGAGAACACACACAGGAGACAAACCUUUUAAUUGUUCGGUUUGCGGUAAAAGCUUUACUCAAAGUGGCAGUUUGACGCAACACAUGAGAACGCACACUGGAGAAAAACCAUUUAGUUGUUCAGUUUGCGGUAAACGCUUGUCUCAUAGUGGCCGCUUGAUUCCGCACAUGAGAACGCACACAGGAGAAAAACCAUUUAAUUGUUCAGUUUGUGGUCAAGGCUUUUCUCAGAACGGCAGUUUGACUCAACACAUGAGAACGCACACUGGAGAAAAACCAUUUAGUUGUUCAGUUUGCGGCAAAAACGUAACCAAUAGUAGCCAUUUGACUUCACACAUGAGAACGCAUACAGGAGAAAAACCAUUUAAUUGUUCAGUUUGCGGUAGAAGUUUUUCUCAAAAAUGCAGUUUGACUCAACACAUGAGGACACACGCUGUAGAAAAAACAUUUAGUUGUUCAGUUUGCGGUAAAAGAUUCCAUCGCAAUGCAGACGCAGUAAAACACUUAAGUACACACACGGGAGAACAACCAAUCAGCUCUUAAGUUUGUGGUAUGUUGCACAUAUGUGGUGACAUCCACACAAGCCCGGGAUCUUUUCAAAAAUAAAUAAACUUAUACUUUCACGAAUAUCAAAGGUCUUCUGAAUAAGUGGGAUUAUCUGGAGCAUAAUGUUGUGGUCUGUGAAUCUGAAACGUUCCUGAACAGCAAGAUGGAUGAUGCUUGUAGUGAUUGGUUACUUCUUCCGACCAGACAGACCUGAUGAGUCUAGCUGGGGAGGAAUUGGAGUCUUCUUCAGUGAUGCUUUCACCGCCUGACUUUGAACACCAACCACAUGAAUCGAUAUGCCUGAAGCUACACCUUCCAGGUCGCCUGAGGUUUAUAUUUUGGUCUACAGACCAACAUCGGAUGAUGACUUCGGCCCUAAUUUGCUAAAGAUUUGCGUUUACAAAAUCACGUGCAAACCUGAUACCACACGCAAAGCUGAUCCACUAAAUGUGUGCAAAGUGUAUUGUGUCUGUUAAGUGAGCAGAAUAAGGCUUUGUCUUUGAAUACAAAAUAUAGGCUGAUCAUCAAAACGGCCACAGUACUGGGAGGACAAGAUGCAAAUAUAAUUAUUUAAUACGCGCAAUGAGAUUUAUCAACAAUUAACACUAUUUUGCAAGCACAAUUUUUUUAUUUUGCAUUUGUCAGAAGCAGAAGUGGGUAGAGUAGCCAGAAAUUGUACUCAAGUAAGAGUACUGUUACUUUAGAGAUGUAUUACUCAAGUAACAGUAAGGAGUAGUCACCCAAAUAUUUACUUGAGUAAAAGUAAAAAGUAUGUUGUGAAAAAACUACUCAAGUACUGAGUAACUGAUGAGUAACCUGUUCGUUUAAUGAUGACAGCAGCAAAUAAUGCACAAAAACAUAAAAAUAGCAAUGAGCAUAUUCAGAGCCAGGAAUAUCUCUUAAGCAACUAAAACAACCUCAACCCUUGACUAACACCCUCCCACUUCCACAUCCCACCUCCCCGGAUUGUAAAUAAUCAAAUGUAUAUACUUGUUCUUAUGCUAUCUGAACUCACUAUGUUCUCUGUUCGCUGUACAUAUCCUACCAAGUCAGACCUACACUGUUUCAAUGCCCAUUUCUCUGUUGAUGCAAUUGUUGAUUACUGAAGUGCUGAUAUCAACCAAACCCUCCUAACCCCACCUCCCGGAUUGUAAAUAAUGUAAAUAAUACAAGGUAUGUACUCUGAUGAUUAACUUGUGUGAUGACUGUAUUAUGAUGAUAGUAUAUAUUUGUAUCAUGAAUUGAUUACGACUUAAACAAGUUGAAAAACUGAUUCGGGUGUUACCAUUCAGUGGUCAAAUGUACGGAAUAUGUACUGAACUGUGCAAUCUACUAAGAACAUUUUCAAUCAAUCAAUGAACAUAAAAAAAUUAAGCCAAAUUGAGCCACAAUAACUUAACAGUACCAUAGGCUCAGUAGGCAGAGAUUACAAAGGAAAAUAACAAGUUAGCCUUUACGCAAACCAUAAACUGAUAGGUGUGGGCUGCACCUGGGAACACACUGAUUGGUGUUUCUAUGCGUGUGUGUGUGUGUGUGUGUGUGUGUGUGUGUGUGUGUGUGUGUGUGUGUGUGUGUGUGUGUGUGUGUGUGUGUGUGUGUGUGUGUGUGUGUGUGUGUGUGUGUGUGUGUGUGUGUGUGUGUGUCUAUGAGGCUGCAGUGCAUUAAUAAAUGUCCCCACACGAUGUACAUUUGACAGUGAUUCACAGCAGGGAAGCUAACAUCAGCCUAAGGUGAUUUCUACUAACGUUACUUACCGCGAUGUGCUUCCUCAAAUUUGACGUUGAGUUCAUGUGAGCUUAAGCUUGUUGUUUGCCGCUGAAACUUUAUGUGCAGUUAAUCAUGUGACCGCUUGGCUCUGUUUGAUUGAUGAAACUGAGUGAAACGUCACCAGUGACUGCAUUUGAUUGGUGAAACGCAGGCAUGCGAUAGAUCCUACUUUGAAGGUCUGUCUGACAAACCAAAACAAACAAAGCGGCCAUUAACAGAUCGAUAAAAGUCAGUAGCGAGUAGCGAGCUGAAUGUAGAUAAAUGGAGCGGAAUAAAAGUAGCGUUUCUUCUAUGAACUGUAUGUGUGUGUAGUGUUUCAUGACCAUUCAUUUAGUGCCUUGCCAGAAUAAAGAUCAAUGUUUACAUGACUUGGCUUGGACUUGGAUGCUAGUAUCACAGAAAACAUCUGCAUCGAUGGACAUUUUCUGUCACAAAGUCUGGAUUUUUCCUGUCAAAAAAUCUGGAUUAUUUCUGUCAAAAUGUCUGGAGUUUUCUCUGUUAAAAAAUCUGGAUUUUUUUCUGUCAAGCAGUCAGGAUUUUUUCUGUAAAAAUGUUGGGAUUUUUCUGUCAAAAAAUCGAGAUUUUUCUGUCAAAAAAUUGGGAUUUUAGUCUGUCAAAAAGUUGGCAUUUUUCUCUGUUAAAAGUCAGGAUGUUUCUUUGUCAAAAACGCAGGAUUUUUUCCAUCAAAAAAAUUGGGAUUUUUCCUGUCAAAAAGUCAGAAUUUUUUCUGUCAAAAAGUCAGGAUUUUUUCGGUUAAAAAUCAGGAUUUUUUUCUGUCCAAAAAUCUGGAUUAUUUCUGUCAAAAUGUCGGGAGUUUUCUCUGUCAAAAAAUCUGGAUUUUAUUCUGUCAAAAAGUCGGCAUUUUUCUCUGUUAAAAGUCAAGAUUUUUCUUUGUCAAAAAGUCGGGAUUUUUUCCAUCAAAAAAAUUGGGAUUUUUCCUGUCAAAAAAUCUGGAUUUUCUCUGUUAAAAGUCAGAAUUUUUUCUGUCGAAAAGUCUGGAUUUUUUUCUGUCAAAAUGUCGGGAUUUUUUCCGUCAAAAAAUCGGGAUUUUAUUCUGUCAAAAAAUCGGGAUUUUAUUCUGUCCAAAAAAUCGGGAUUUUAUUCUGUCCAAAAAAAUCGGGAUUUUAUUCUGUCCAAAAAAAAAUCGGGAUUUUUUUCUGUCAAAAAAUUGGGAUUUUUCUGUCAAAAAGUCUGGAUUUUUUCCGUCAAAAAGUCUGGAUUUUUACCGUCAAAAAGUCGGGAUUUUUCUCUGUUAAAAGUCAGGAUUUUUUCUGUCAAAAAAAUCGGGAUUUUCUCUGUUAAAAAUCAGGAUUUUUUUCUGUCAAAAAAUCUGGAUUUUCUCUGUCAAAAAGUCGGGUUUUUUCUGUCAAAAUGUCUGGAUUUUUUCUGUCAAAGAGUCUGGGUUUUUUCUGUCAAAAAAUCUGGAUUUUUUCUGUCAAAAAUUGGGAUAUUACAAACUACAAGUGUGUAUUUAGAGCCGUGCCUUUUUCUGACCUGUUUACAUCCGGUGAACGAAGUAGUGGUCAACCAAACCAAUAUGGCUACCGUGCAGCAAUAUAUAUAUUUCCCCAAAGUCCCCAAAGUUACGUACGUGAGACUUUUUGAGACUUUUAUUAGUAGGUUGCACAGUGAAGUACAUAUUCCGUACAAUUGACCACUAAAUGGUAACACUCGAAUACGUUUUUCAACUUGUUUAAGUCCACUUAAAUUGAUUCAUGAUACAGAUAUAUACUAUCAUAUAUACUAUCAUCAUAAUACAGUCAUCACACAAGAUAAUUAUCAGGGUGUAUACAUUGAAUUAUUUACGUGACAUGCACAUAGCGGCACGCACGUACGGGCAAGCGAUCAAAUGUUUGGAAGCGUACUCACGGUACCGUGUCUGCGUAUCCAACUCAAAGUCCUCCUGGUAAGAGUCUCUGUUGUCCCAGUUCUCCACAGGCCAAUGGUAAAGAUUGACUGUCAUCUUUCGGGAAUGUAAACAAUGAAACACCGGCCGUGUUUGUGUUGCUGAAGUCGGCCGCAAUACACCGCUUCCCACCUACAGCUUUCUUCUUUGCUGUCUCCAUUGUUCAUUGAACAAAUUGCAAAAGAUUCACCAACACAGAUGUCCAGAAUACUGUGGAAUUUUGCGAUGAAACAGACGACUUAAUAGCUGUCCACCAUGCUGUCCCAAAAUGUCCUCUACAAUCCGUGACGUCAGGCGCUGACGUCAUCAUACCGAGACGUUUUCAGCGGGAUAUGACGCGCGAAAUUUAAAAUUGCACUUUAGUAAACUAACCCGGCCGUAUUGGCAUGUGUUGCAAUGUUAAGAUUUCAUCAUUGAUAUAUAAACUAUCAGACUGCGUGGUCGGUAGUAGUGGCUUUCAGUAGGCCUUUAAAUAAAAACAAACUCCUUGACAGAAGAAACAUCAACUACUGAUCUGCAUUCUGAAGAGCCAUAUUUUUGUUAUUUGAGUGCUUGAAUAUGGUUUUUUUUCUUCCUUUUUAUGUUAUUAUGUUGGUUUAUGUGACGUCACGUCUGUGUAUGGAUCUUCAUAUUUGCCUUCACUGUAUAGUAGUUGUGUUUUAAUAUCUCGCUUUAUUGUCUGAAUAUUAAUGAUAGUCUGGCAACUCCUGAAUAAAUGUUUCUUAUGACCACAUUUUGAAAAUAUAUAGAACAUGUGUUUUAUUUUAUUGAUCCCAUUGCUGCCGUUUUGAA